AUGGAGAAAGAAGAAGAAGAAAUCAAGAUCAUGAUUAAAACAUAUAAGGGAAAGGUUGCCUUAAGUUUCGAUUCACAAAAGUUCCAACGAACGACGGUGCUGGAUCUGAAGAAGACUCUGGGAGAAAUGGAAGAAGCCCCUCCGCCACAAUGCACUUUGUACUAUGAUCUCGUGUACAAGGGCCAUGUUCUUCAGGACCAUCAGCUGCUCUCUGAGGUCAUACUGGAGAGGAACACAGUCAUACACAUGAUUGAAAUUCUGGAAUUACACAGUGGAGGAACCAAGGAGGAGAGUCUGGGCCAGAGGGACGGACAGAACAUGAGUAUGGAGUGUUUGGCUGUGUUUGAUCAACCCCAGAGUCGAUCUGACUGCCACAUACUGUGA